CUUCGUGACAACGAAAGUUCCUUCAGUCUAUGUUCCCGUUAUCUUUAAACACCGAUAAGAAUAAAAACAAUUAAACGUUUAAAAUAAGUUUUAAAGAUUAUUAACAUGUGAAGUAAAUAUGGGUUUAGUGAUAAAUUUAGGCUUUGGGACGUUGGUGGUGAUUUCGGUCUUCUUUUAUGUUGGAGUUUGCGGACAAGAUGUGCUGAAAUGCAUGUCUUGUAAAAAGGCACUUCAUUUUACUCAUUGUGAGGAAAUGGUAAAAUGCGACCCUGAAAAGGAGGUGUGUUACGUGGAAGAAGAAAUUGAUAUCGGUGGAGAGACCGUUAUAAAUGCUGGAUGCAGAGAGAAGACGCUAUGUGACGCUAUAGGUUGUUUUGGUGAUGGCAGUAAGAGAAAAAAGCGGAGCUUAAAUCCUUUUGACAGAGAUAUAAUCUGCCAUCACUGUUGUGAUGGGGAUUUCUGUAAUAUGUAUGGCUGUCCGGACUCGUUUGAUGUCAGUCAUCUCCAAGGAAGUAGAUGUUUUGUUUGUGACCAUGUUCUGCAACCUGAACAUUGCAACACAAUCAAGAACUGUGAAGCUGGCUAUUCUUGUGGACAAGAGCUUCUUUCGUUUGGUGCCGGACGGAGAUACAAUCUUCUUUGUCUAAGAACUCAGAAAUGUGAACUACUACGAUUAUUACACAGUAAUAAUAGCGGAAGAAAGAAACGAAAUUACCAACAGUUGUGGGCGGACUGUUGCGAUAGUCAUCUCUGUAAUGGCUAUACGACGAUGAAGAAAGAUUCCCCUUCAAUGUGGUCAGUUACAUACAAGUGUCCAGAAAGGGACACUAGCGUUAACCCGAUAUUCGCAGCAGCAACACAGAAGCCAAAUAUAUCCAUAUCGUCUACAACGACAAAGGCAAUAACACCGACAACAACACUAGCAUCAACAACUGCAGAAACAACAACAACAGAGGUUAUUUGUGAAGACAUUGACCCAGAUUGUGAUGUUUAUGGUAUAGAUUACAUCUGUAAAGGAGCAUACGAGGACUGGGCGAAACAACAUUGUGCAAAAUAUUGCAGUUUCUGCGGAACAACAACAGUAAGAACGACACAGUCGGUUAGUGUAUGUGAAGAUUUGGACACAGAUUGUGCGGAUUACGGUCACGAUUACAUAUGUACAGGGGAUUAUAUACCGUGGUCCAAAAUACACUGUAAGAAAUACUGUGGCUUCUGUCCAGUCACCAUCUGCGUAGAUAAAGACACAGACUGUGCUGAUUAUGGGCAUGACUACAUCUGCCAGGGUGAUUAUAUUCCGUGGUCAAUGCUCCACUGUCAAAAGUAUUGCGGCUUUUGUAAUGAUGGAACCGCAUCAACUACAACACAAGUUACUACUACUGCACCAACUACUCUACCGGCGACUACCAAAGCUCCUGCAGUAACUACCGCGACCUUGACAACUUCUCACUGUUUUGACCUUGACACAGACUGCGCUGAUUAUGGAAACGACUAUAUUUGCAAAGGAGUUUACAUUGCAUGGUCUGAAAUACAUUGUAACAAAACUUGCAACUUUUGCCACGAUCAAUGUCAUGAUCAAGAUAGCGAUUGUGCGGACUAUGGAUUUGAUUACAUUUGUAAAGGAGACAAUAUCCCUUGGUCUAAACUCCACUGUGCAAAGUAUUGUAAUUUGUGUUCAGAUGGUACCACAUCGCAUACAGCACCAGUUACCACUACCACAAAGCCAACGACUACCAAAGCUCCUAUAGGUUCUGCCUCGGCCGUAACAGCAUCUCACUGUUUUGACCUUGACACAGACUGCGGUGAUUAUGGGAUCGACUACAUUUGCACUGGAGAUUAUAUUCCAUGGUCUAAAAUACACUGUAACCAAACAUGCAAUUUCUGCCACGAUCAAUGUUACGACAAAGAUAGCGAUUGUGCGGACUAUGGAGUUGAUUACAUUUGUAAAGGAGACUAUAUUCCUUGGUCUGAACUGCACUGUGCAAAAUAUUGUAAUUUAUGUUCAGAUGCAGCACCGCAGACCACUAUGUCAUAUGGAGGGUCCACCACCACAAGAGCAGAAGCUGUUACGACUGGCUCCACGGCUUCACCAGAUCACUGCAUUGAUCUCGACAGUGACUGCGCCGAUUAUGGUACCGACUAUAUUUGUACUGGAGAUUAUAUUCCAUGGUCUAGGAUACAUUGUAACGAAACGUGCAAUUUCUGUCAUGAUAGAUGCUUCGAUCAAGACAAUGAUUGCGCAGACUAUGGUUCGGAUUAUAUUUGCAAAGGAGAUUAUUUGCCAUGGUCUGAACUUCAUUGCGCAAAAUUUUGCAAGCUGUGCUCGGAAGCAACAUCGCCAACAACAACAACCAAAGCGACAACAACAAUGAAAAUAACGACUACGACACCAACAACCACGCCGAGAAGAACAACAACCCAAACAACUAUUUUACCAACAAAUACGACAAGGAAGCCUACCACAACGGCACCGACAACAACAACAACAACAACUAAAAAAGCGACGCCAUUACAUACAACAACAAUUCCUUCAACAACGGCGCCUACGACAAAAGCUUCUACAGCAAUACCAAAACCACCAGCAACAACAACCACGACACAAACAACUACAGUACGCACAACAACACCUACAACGACACCCACAACAACUCCUACAACAACAACUCCUACAACAACAACUCCUACAACGACAACGCCUACAACAACAACACCUACAACAACGACACCCACAACAACCACAACACCAACAACUACCACGCCUACCACUACAACGACUCUAUCUCCAAGCGAGGCAUGUGGUAAUAAGGUGUCUGACUGUCACAGCUACAAGCUGGAACUAUGUACCGACCUUGACCAGAGGGAGUGGAUGUGGGACAACUGUAGAGGGCACUGCAAAAUGUGUCUACAAAACAGACCAUGCAAAGAUGCGACACAAGGUUGUGCAGAUUUCAAGGAUAUGAUAUGUAGUGAUCCGAGUAUGAGUUUAGAAUGUAAAGAUACGUGCGGUAUUUGUUAGAGAAGCAUUAAAAACAAUGCACAGUCGCACCAAUUUUGUAGCCUAAAUCAUAUUUUAUUUAUAUUUUACAAAACUGUCGAAAUUUCAUGUUUUCUAUAAAGUGGGAGGAAUGUUGCCGUCAUGAGAUAAUCAGGUGUGGUUUUUGACAUAUUUUAAAGAUACACCGUGCUAUUUCAGAUAGUAUAAUAGUUUCGUUUUAAAUAAGAAUAGUCUGUAUAUAAUACAUAUUCAUUAUUAUUAUUAUUAAUUAUAACUCCUUUGCAUGUUCUAUACCCUAGCAGUUGUCAUACGUUUUUAAUGUUUCUAUAUAACAUCUUGAUUGGCCAUCCCUAAAAUCGCACAGUUUAAGCAUAGGUAUUAGGUUCCGAAUAGAAAACGUCAAAUGUAAGCCAUGUAACGCCAUGUUGGUACAUCCCUAAACUUACACAAUCAAAACAUAUAUAUAAGAUUUGUCCAAUAGAAAACGUCAAAUGGAAUGAUGGUAUAUCCUUAAAAAUAGCACAGUCUGAUCAUAGAUAUUAGGUUUUCCAAAUUGAAAACUUUAAAUGUAAGCUAUUAUAUCAUGAUGGCACAUCCUUAAAAUAACACAGUCCUAACAUAGCUAUUACGUUUUCCCAAUUGAAAAAAUUAAUGUUACCUAUGCAAAUUAUUGAUGACACGCCCCUUAAAGAAACAUUUCUGAAACAUGUUAGCUUAAAAACAUAUAUUUUGUUUUGCUAUAUGUUUGGGGUAUAUUAAACUUUUAAACCCUUC